AUGGGUUUGGGGAACUCAAAUGGGCAACAAGAUCUUAUCACCCGGCAAUCGACCAUUUACACCAUUGUUGAGGAAACGAUCAGGGUGAGAAUUCAUAUGCAGAAUUUUCAGCAUAUCCUGGCCUUCGAAUUUGCUAUCCAAGAAAUCAGUGAAAAUCUCAGGAUCUUGCCUAAUAUUACUCUUGGCAUUCAUGCUUCUAAUAGCUAUUUCCUGGCAAGAUGGAUCUAUCUCGCUUCCUUGGAGCUUCUUUCCUCGAAGGGAAGAUUCAUCCCAAACUACAAGUGUGAUCACAGGGAUGGUGUGGUAGCUGUUCUUGCAGGACCUAAUGUUUACAUUUGUCAGCUCAUGUCAAAUAUUCUGAGUGUAUACAAGAUCCCACAGGUUGCAUAUGGCUCUGCUCCAGUGAUAGAUGACAGCACACAGGCUGUUUUCUUGCACCGGGCAUUUCCAAAUGAAGAUCUUCAAAUUAAGGGGAUGAUCCAAUUGUUGCUCUAUUUCCAGUGGAUAUGGAUUGGGUUGAUUGUCCAAAGUGCUGAGAAACGAGACAGCUUUCUGCAGAAGAGGCUUGCACUUUUUUCUCAAAAUGGUAUUUGCAUUGACUUUGUGGAAGAGUUACCAAAGGGAUCUGUUUCCAAUGAAAUUAAUAAUGUGCUUAUACAUUAUAUAAAAGUUUACAAUGUUAUCAUGAGCAGUAGUGCCAAUAUUGUGAUUGCAUAUUGUGAAAACCAGGACAUGGUGGUUUUGAGAAUGUUGCCGUAUAUUUCAGAAUUUGUGGACACAACAGUGAAGAGAAAAGACAAAAUUUUGAUAAUGCCAGCCCAGAUGGAGUUCUCAUCUGUUCCCUUCCAAAGGUAUCGAACCAUGGAUUUCAUCCAUGGAUCUCUGUCUUUUCAAGUUGCCUCAAAGGAGGUCUUGGGCUUCAAGAGAUUUCUUCAGAUGAGAAAAAUUACUUCUGCAGAGGAAGACAGUUUGAUGAGAGUGUUUUGGGAACGUGCAUUUGAAUGUUCUUUCUCCAAUGCCAUCUUAGAGGGGAAUGCUGAGAAGAAAUGCACUGGGGAUGAGCCUCUGGAGACCCUUCCUAAGUCCGUUUUUGAGACCGUUAUGACUGGUCAGAGUUACAGUGUCUACAAUGCAGUCCUUGCUGUGGCGCAUGCUUUGCAGGCCAUGCUCUCAUCCAAAUACAAACUCCAGGCAAGAGGAAAUGGCUCAAAACUUAAGAGGUUGGAUCAAUAUGUGUGGCAGCUUCAUAAAUACCUGAGAACUGUUUCAUUUAACAACAGUGCUGGGGAAAAGGUUUUCUUUGAUCAAAAUGGGGAAAUAGCAACUGGCUUUGAUGUCAUUAACUGGGUCACUUUCCCCAACCAAUCCUUCCAUCGAGUCAAAGUUGGGAAGGUAGAUCCAUUUGUUCCCCCAAACAAGCUGCUCUCCAUUUCUGCAGAGAACAUUAUCUGGCCCGCUAUGUUCAACCAGGCACAGCCCUUUUCUGUGUGCAAUGCUCAUUGCUUAUCAGGUUAUAGCAGAAUAAAAAGAGAAGGAAAGCCAUUUUGCUGCUAUGAUUGCCUUCCAUGUCCAGAAGGGAAGAUUUCAGACAAGACAGAUGCAGAUGACUGUUUCCCAUGUUCAGAAGAUCAGUUCCCAAACAAAGCUCACAAUCUUUGCCUUCCAAAACGCAUUAUAUUUUUGUCUUAUAAAGAAUCUCUGGGAAUCAGCUUGACAACUGUUGCUUUCUUCUUUUCUCUCAUCUCAGCUGUGGUGUUGGGGAUCUUCAUUAAACAGCGGGACACUCCCAUUGUCAAAGCCAACAACCGGAACCUCACCUACAUUCUUCUCAUUUCUCUCCUGCUCUCCUUCCUUUGCACUUUGCUCUUCAUUGGACAACCUGACCAAGUGAAAUGUCUCAUGCGACAAACUUCUUUUGGCAUCAUCUUCUCUGUAGCCCUUUCUUGCAUAUUGGGGAAAACAACCAUUGUUGUUCUUGCUUUCAUGGCCACCAAGCCAGGCUCCAAAAUGAGGAAGUGGGUGGGAAACAGGCUGGCCAACACUAUUGUCCUUUCUUGCUCCUUGACGCAACUCAUAAUCUGUAUGGUGUGGUUGGCAAUUUAUAUGCCAUUCCCAGAUUCAGAUAUGCAUUCAAUGGUUGAAGAAAUUGUCCUGCAGUGUAAUGAAGGUUCAACCACUAUGUUUUACAUUGUCCUUGGACCUAUGUGGGUCUUGACUGCCACCAGCUUCACAGUUGCCUUCCUAGCUAGGAAUUUACCUGACAGCUUCAACGAAGCCAGAUGUAUCACCUUCAGCAUGUUGGUCUUUUGUAGUGUCUGGAUAUCGUUUGUUCCCACCUAUCUGAGUACGAAGGGGAAAUACAUGGUAGCUGUGGAGAUCUUCUCCAUUUUGGCUUCAGCAGUUGGAUUACUGGGCUGCAUCUUUUCCCCCAAAUGCUACAUUAUUGUUCUGAGGCCUGAUUUGAACAGAAAGGAACAGCUGAUAAGAAACCAAAACUGA